UUUAUGUCCAGCUUCUGAAAAGAGACUCCCAGGGGAGGCCUGCGCAAAGCCCUGCAAAGCUCACCAUGUCGCGGAAGUCGACGCUGCUCGCUAUGGCGUUCCUGGCGAUGCUGGGAGCGUGUGAUGCUAUAAUAUGUGACAAGUCCCACUACUGGCUGUACAAGUACCGUGUGAAGAGGGGACGCAUUUAUGACAUCACCAGGCGCAACUUUGCGGAGAUCGCCUACCGCAAGGCCAUGGCACUGGUGAAGACCACGGGCUCAGGGGUGGGCGCCUGCACCGUGGUCAAGCACCGCCCCAAGGCCGCGUGCUACAAGAGCUGGCGCCCGGGCGGCCCGGGGCGGCAGUCCCUGGGGCAGUACGGCUUCACCUCCGUCGUCAAGCUGUCCUGCCCCUUCCUCAAGUCCACCGUCUACAAGAAGGUGGAUGUGUCUGUCUACACCCGCCGCGACUUCUCCUACUGGUAUCCCAUGGCCACGCUGUUCUACUGAAUGCAGCACGCUGACAGACGCAGUGUGCUGGCUCUUGAGGCGUAGUGGAGCAGGGAAGGCGAGAUGGCGGCUGGCACCGUAUGCAGCAUGCUGCGCCAGCCUGCAGCCCUGCCUCGCACAUUCCCAGCCGCCUGGGAGCCCCUUUCAACUGGCGACCAUUCCUCACCCAUUUGUAUGACCAUCAUCCCUGAACUGAUGGAGGCAUGCCUUCCAUAGGCGCUUCUUUGACCCGACCGCUGACCCCCCGCUUGCAUGCUGGUAGCACUCAUCGAGCUGCCAGUGCACCGCACCAAUCCCCGUCCCUCUGCACAG